AGAGGCAGCAGCAGCAGUCAGCAGCAGCAGGCAGUGGAGCUCCAGAGCGCACGGUCACCUGUCCACGCACCGCGCACAGGAACAUUACAGACGAGCGCUCCGGACAGCGUCACACCGGCUCGUUACGUCGCCUUUUCUCCGGAGACUGCAGCUUUUGAGCCCCCAGUUUGUACGGUGUGGAAGAUAACUACGACCGAAGAUCUUUCGCCUUUGGAAAUACAAAAUAACGCGAAGAGAAGCAACAGCGUUCAGCAUCAGUGAGGUGGAAGAAGCCUACAUACACCUGCAGACAUGGAUGAGAUGGACCUGCCCCAGAUGAAGAAGGAGGUGGAGAGCCUCAAGUACCAACUGGCCUUCAAGAGGGAGAAGUCCUCCAAAACAGUCACUGACCUUGUGAAGUGGAUCGAGGAGGGUGUCCCCGAUGAUCCUUUCCUCAACCAGGAGCUCAUGAAGAACAACCCCUGGGUGGAGAAGGGGAAAUGCAUCAUCCUCUAGGACCCCCCCUUCCCCAUCCACGGUGACCUUUCAACUCUAACCUCGCUUCCCCCGCACACCUGCAGAUAACCCUUGACCCUGCAGGACAUUACCUACAUAACGUCUCACCUUGAAUGUACGACAGCUGAUAGUCCUUACCCUUGAAACACUUGUACACUCCAUAAUAUGUAAACAUGCACUACUCGCACACACCCUUACCCUUAUAUCAUGUAUGGAGAUAUUUAUGCACAGUUUAAUUGUAUUUAAUUACAAAUGAAUUACUUGGUUUUGAUACUUGAAGCUUGUUAGGGUCCAUUUGGUCAAUAGACUUGGUACUAUAAAGGUUUUAUGUCCAUGAGUGCAUUUACAUAGAUUUGAGUGUUCUAGUUUUAAAAUGAAUCAAUAACACUUUAU